CGCAUGCGCAGAGCCACGGGAGCGGCGAGAUUUCCCGGCGGGUCUUAGACAAGUUGCUGCAGGUUUGACUAAAACAUGACAUCUCUGUUUGUAAAGAAAAUGAUGCUUGCCAUCAGCAGUCCUCUUUUUCACAUGAGCAGGUGUUCAGCAAAACCUUCCUCAAUCUCUGCAUUCCUGUUUGCAUCACGACAAAGUACAGUCUCCAUAGAUGCAGCUCCCAUGCAGUAUAGCUCAAUAAUUCAUCCAUUUCUUUCACGUUACCUGCUUCCAUCCUUUCAACCUGCCCUUGGGUUCAAAACAAAAGCUGUUCUAAAGAAGCGCUGCAAGGACUGUUAUUUUGUGAAAAGGCGUGGACGAUGGUUUGUGUAUUGUGCAACAAAUCCAAGACACAAGCAGCGACAGUUGAAGUCUCUUUGAUUUCUGAAAUGACAUUCAAAACACCAUCUAUCCUUCGGAAGACUUAAUUAAUUGAAGAAAGCAAAAGAAACAAAUGAAGUCAGUCAAAUGUUGGAAAGAAUACUAUUAAAUAAUAGUAUCAUAAAGAUGGAUGAUAAAAUAGUUUUUAUUUCUUUAACUGUCAUUUAAGAAAUACAUUUUAAAAUUUG